GUCCAAGGCGGGAAGAUGAGUGACGACUCGAUCGCUGUGCAGCGGCUGCGGCAAGAGCGCAAGAACUGGCGGCGAGACCAUCCGGCAGGCUUCUGGGCGCGCCCCAUUGCCAACGAUGAUGGCUCACUGAACCUCAUGAUGUGGCACGCGGGCAUCCCGGGCAAGGCUGGUACGGACUGGGAAGGCGGCGUGUUCAAGAUGUCGCUGGCUUUCUCCGAAGACUACCCGAGCAAGCCGCCGCUCGUCAAAUUCACUCCGCCGCUCUACCACCCGAAUGUUUAUCCGUCAGGCACAGUCUGUCUGAGUAUUUUGAACGAGGACAAGGACUGGAAACCCAGCGUGACUAUCAAGCAGAUCCUCAAGGGCGUGCAGGACCUGCUGGACCAGCCCAACAUGGCUGACCCGGCACAGCGUGAGCCCUACAUGGAUCUCAAGAACGACCCAGAGCUCUACAAGCGCAAGGUGCGUCAGCUGGCACUCAAGAACCGCGAGAGUUAGAGGAGAAACGUAUUCAGGAGGAAUAGGAGAGUUAAUACAGUCGAAAGAUGUGUGACGAUCCUGAAGGGAUAAAAGACACUUGUAGCGACUCUAGUCCUUCUUGAGUGCGAACAUCUCCCUGUCAAUGCCCGAAGCCUUGAUGGUCAAGAUCUCCACGCUGUCGCCCGUGUAAAUAUCUCUCUGCGGACAGCAAAUUGCAACAAUAAGCAUUAGAAAUGUACUCAAACCUCCCUUAUCC